GCGUGCUGGCUGUCAAACAAACUGUCAAAUUGUACUUCGUCAGACUCAGUGAAGCCUACGACGUAAUAAAUAGUACAUUUACAAAUAAACAAUGGCGUUCUACAGCUGCAGCAGGUUAGGCACAAAGUCUUUGCUAUCAACUUUAGGCAGGUUUCCUGCUACGUUGAGCUCUGUGAACUACGCCCAGGCAGCGGCUGGAGUGCCUAAAGUGACUUACAAAAAGUUUGAGCCUCCCCAACUUGAGCAUCAUGAUGUCAGAAACGAACGACUCAAGCGCCCCAUGUCCCCACAUCUGACCAUCUACGCCCCACAGUUGACUAGCAUGACUAGUAUCACACAUAGAGCUGCAGGUAUGAUUCUCUCUGGAUAUGCCAGCGUUCUUGGUAUCGGAAUCUUGGUAUUGCCAAACGACAUUUCUCACUACAUCACCAUGAUCGAAGGCCUCAACCUGUCCCCAGCGACACUUUUCUUAGCAAAAGCAUUAAUCGCAGCCCCUCUUGGAUACCACUUUGCUAAUGGUAUCAGACAUCUCUACUGGGACACCGCCAAAGGUCUAACAAUUAAGGAAGUUUACGCUACUGGAUACGCAAUGCUGGCAGCAUCCGUUGUAAUAACCCUGAUCUUAGCUGCAUUAUAAGUCUCACUCGGUACAAAACAAAACUACAUGAUAUGGGUAUUAUUUAUUUAUUAUCAUUACCAUUAUAAGCGAUGUAAUUAAAAUUCAUAAAUUCAGA